AUGGAGAGCUCGUUAAAAACGCAGAUACAGAGAUAUCUGGUGGAGUCUGGUAAUUAUGAAAAGAUCUCUAACAACUUGAAUGAAAAAUUAUUACAAGAUGGCUGGAUGGACGAAGUGCGUCGAAUGACUAUGGACGAAAUCAGUUCAAAUAAAUCUACAAACUAUGCUGACAUUCUGGCCAAGAUAGAACCCCAAGCUUUAAGUAUGUAA